UAUCUGUGAUUAGAUCUCAAGAAAGACAGAGAAGUCACCCAUCUCCGCUCCCAACAGUGUGCCUUCCCUCUGCCUGGGGGAGAUCGAUUACGAGUCUAGAAGGGUUGUUGGUAACUCUGCUUUUCUCCACAUCAGCCAAGACUUCUGAGAAAUGCCUCUUUUAAGGGAAAUAAAGAAGGAUAUGAAGAAAGAAAGUAUUGCCAACAAACCACCAGAGAAGCCCAUAGAUGAAGUUUCCAAUGGAAACCCAUUACUGUUUUCUGAGACAAUUAUUAGAACCACCAGAAAAGGGGAGAGAAAUCGGAGGAGACGAUGUCAGGUGGCUUUCAGUUACAUGCCCCAGAAUGAAGAUGAACUGGAGUUAAAAGUUGGUGACAUCAUUGAAGUGGUGGGAGAAGUCCAGGUGGAGGAGGGCUGGUGGGAAGGAAUUCUCAAUGGAAAGACUGGCAUGUUUCCAUCCAACUUCAUAAAGGAAAUUUCUGUUGAUUCUGAUGAUGUGGAAAUUGCACGGGAGGAGCAACUAAUAAAGCCAAGUUUAAGAGAUGCUACAGGCUCUGAGAGUGACGGUGGUGAUUCAAGCAGCACAAAAUCAGAAGGAGCCAAUGGAGCAGCAGUAAUCCAACCCAAAAAGGUCAAAGGGAUUGGCUUUGGAGAUAUCUUUAAAGACAAACCAAUAAAGUUACGUCCAAGGUCAAUAGAAGUAGAAAAUGACUUUCUACCAGUGGAAAAGACUGUUGGGAAGAAAUUACCUCCAGCUACAGCAACUCAGGAGCCAACGAAAAUAGAAAUGGACAGCAGAACCAAGAUCAAGGAGUAUUGCAAAGUAAUAUUUCCAUAUGAAGCACAGAAUGAAGAUGAACUGACAAUCAAAGAAGGCGAUAUCGUCAUACUUAUCAAUAAGGACUGCAUUGAUGCAGGCUGGUGGGAAGGAGAACUCAAUGGCAGGCGUGGAGUGUUUCCAGAUAACUUUGUCAAGCUUCUUCCCCCUGAUUUUGAAAAAGAGAGACCUAAGAAACCACCACCUCCAUCUGCUUCUGUCAUUAAACAAGGGUCAGGUACCACAGACCGAAAACAUGAAAUCAAAAAGGUACCUCCUGAAAGGCCAGAAUGUCUUCCUAAUCGAACAGAGGAGAAAGAAAGACCAGAAAGAGAGCAAAAACUGGUAGAUUUGCAGAAGCCUUCAGUUCCUGCUAUACCACCAAAGAAACCUCGACCACCCAAAACGAACUCUCUGAACAGACCUGGUUCAAUGCCCCCAAGACGACCAGAAAGACCAGCUGUGCCUUUGUCUCAUACAAGGAGUGAGAGUACAAAAGUAGAGUUAGUGGGCAGUACGGUAUCUGGAACCUUGGAGAAGGACUCCUCAGAAAGAAGCAGUGACAUUGAUCUGGAAGGUUUUGACUCUGUAGUACCAGUUGCUGAGAAGCUCAGUCAUCCAACUACAACCAGACCAAGAGCUACUGGCAGACGACCUCCAUCCCAGUCACUCACAUCUUCGUCCCUUUCAAGUCCUGAUUUCUUUGACUCACCAAGCCCUGAAGAGGAAAAGGAAGAACACGUGUCCAUUAUACACAAAGCAACUGAAGUGUCAAAGAAAACAAAGACUGUUACAAUAUCACAAGUGUCUGAUAAUAAAACAUCGUUGCCUCCAAAGCCAGGGGGUUUGACUAGUGGGAGUAAUGUACAAGCAUCAUUAUCUUCCUCAUCUUCACCUGCACUUCAUUCAGUUUCUGUGGGAACAACAGGCCAUAGGUCAAAUUCCCCAUCUUUGUUCAGUACUGAAGGAAAGCCAAAGACUGAGCACUCAAGCCAGGGUCUGGCAGCCUUGGAGGAGCUGAGAACACAAGUGAAGGAGCUAAGAACUAUCGUUGAAACAAUGAAAGAUCAGCAAAAAAAAGAGAUUAAACAGUUGUUGUCUGAAUUAGAUGAAGAGAAAAAAAUCCGUCUACGAUUACAGAUGGAAGUUAACGACAUAAAGAAAGCCCUUCAAUCAAAAUGAACGCUUGAUAGGUGGAAUGUUACGUUAUUCAUCCUGACUGAGACUCAAAUUUAUGCCCCAGCCAAAAUAACUUUGUGCCAAAUGAUUUAAGAAUUGCCUCAAUAUCCCUUUGUUUGAAGGAAUCAGCACAAGAGUUUUUGAUAGCACAGCACAAAUUCCAAUGAAGACGAAAAUAUUCCAUGGGAUGCAGUCGCUGUAUGGCACUGGUUGUGACUGAAAUUGAUCUUAUUGUGCUAAAGUCUCUACUUACAAGAUCACAAAUGAAAUGAAAACUCAGGCAGUUUAGUCCAUAGUGGUACUAUUUUGAUGAUAUUUUUCCAUAAAUAAAAUGUAUUACAGAUUAUUCGUUUACAAGCUUUAUGAUUUUGACUUUUUUUUAAUUGUCUUUUGUCACAGAUUCCUAAAAUAUUUGUACUGCAUAUAGCCAGGAAUGAAUGUUGCUGUUUGGGGGGUAGGGGAUUAUUUUGCUUCAGGUAGAACAGCCUAUUUUUUGUGUUAUGUUUUAAAUUCUAUUACAUAUGCAAUUUUGUGUCCAAAAAUAAUCUACAAGAUAAAUUUAAGUUUGUGUAGAAUGGCAUAUUUAAAAGAAAAAGAUAGAAAAUCUUGUCUUUAAAUGAUUUGUGCCUUCUUAUUGCCACCCACUGAUUAGAGCUGGUUGCAAACCAGAUCUCAAUAAUGUAGCUGCCAUGAUGACACCCCAUCACUUAAGUCCGCUAGAGGUCACUCUUUUAACAAAUAGCUGCUCAGUCAAUGUAGCCAGUUGUGUGGUAAGGAAGUAUAAGGUUGGGAGCAGCUUUGGCUUACCAGCUGUGGCUUUUUAGCUUUCCUCUUUAGUAGGACUUUCAUUCAGCUAGAAAAUUCAUCUCUGUUUGAUUUUCAUUAGAAAAGUUAAACACCUGCCUCCGAUCCCAUUAUUGCACACUUUGAGUGAACACAAUAUGCAUUACUAAAGCAAAAAUAAAUAAAAUUCACUAAAAAUCAUCAGUUAGAAGGUUGUAUUAUUUCAUGCACGAGGUUCUUUUUGUUGUGUGAUGUUGUUGAAGUUUGAUAUUUAUGUGAUGUCAUUUGCCACAUUCUGUUGUAAGCUUUUUAAUAUAGAUGAAAUAGAAGGAUUUCUUUAUAAUACAUUUUAGCAACUGUUCUUCCUUUCCUGGUUUUAUGGAAAUCAUGUUUACUUCAUCUGUGUAUGAGGGAGAGGGUGUUUAUAAUGAAACAUUUCAGCCUUUGAAAGUAACCUGUUUCUUUCCUGUUAUUAGAAUCUUAAAACAAAGUAUUAUAAGACUGUUCUGGCUUCAUAUUUAAAUGGUAGCAGGUUUCAUUUAGCCUGUGAGAGUGGUUUUAAUAUGUUUCUCUAAUGCCCACUAUUGUUUAUUGAGUUAACUGAACCAGCUAACUAUGGGUAUUUUUGCCCAGCUUGUGGAAUGAGUGAUUGAUAAUGUUAGUAUUAGGGAGCAAUAAAACCUCACAAAGGAUCUAUUUAUUCAUCAUAUCAAGUGUUAUUAAUUGAUAUCACCCUGAAGUUCCUACUCUUUACUAUUCUUCCUGCUAAGGGUGAAUGAGUCUUAUUUCACAAUCUGUCAGAGCCAUUCAUAAACUCUGAAAGGGUCCUCAUUUAGUUAUAUGGGGAAUUCUUUUAUGUCUGUUUAAACACACACAAACAUCCCAGUACACACGUGUUACCUGAAGGAUUCUCACCCGAGUGUUCUGCAUGGCAUUACAGAACUUUACCCUUGGAUUGAUUUCCUUUGCUUUAUGCUUUGUAUGGAAUGAAGGUGACUGAGAUUAUUUACCAUCUUUGAUUUAAAUUAUGGUGUUUUCUUAGUUGUAACUGGAACAAAAGCACUAAUUGUGUAUUUUGUCACAGAGAUGUUUUUUAUUUAAUGUUUUUAAACAACUGCAUUGUGAUUUUUUAAAAAUAAAAUGUAUAGUCCCAUCCUGGUUUUCCAGCAACAAAGAUUACUAGUUUAUUAAUUUUUGUAUCAUUUAUGAGGCUAACAACAAGUUUGGGAAAGUAGGAGGACAUAGGAUGUAUCCCAUAAGAUUCUGCUGGGGUUCUGACUGUCUGUAUUUGAAACUAUUAUACAUAAUUAACCAGUUUCAUAAUGCAGUAGAUUCCUAACUUUACCCCUGGGGAAAAGAGCUAUGGGAUUAGUGAUAAAUUAUUGUUUCCUGGACUGGACCUUGAAUUGUAAGAGGCAACUCUAAAAUGUUGCUUUUGUAAAAACCUGUCUGAACUCAGUAUGGACUUGCCUGAAAUUAGAUAUCAUCUAUAUUUUUCUUCUGUUAAGAAAUUAACUUAUUUUAUAAGACUGUACUUAAGAGUCCAACAUAUCAUACUUUGCAAAAGAAGAUUAAAUGAGAUUUU